AUGGGAGGUAAAUGUCCGCACAGGAACGUGAAGAAGAGAAGAUAUUCUCACAAGACAGCGCGUCGAACCAAAUUUGAGUUGAAAGGGGACGAUAUGGUUUACGCGCAGCUAAACAAACCCGAUGAAGAGAAAACCCCUUUACCCGUAGACGAAGAUUUGCCUGGGAUGGGGCAGUACUAUUGUCUUCACUGCGAUCGAUACUUUUCCAAUGUAACUGUGAGGGAUGAGCACUUUAAGACCAAACGACACAAGAAGCGUGUAAAACAAAUGAUGGGUCCUGCACCACAUACUCAACUUGAUGCCGACUUAGCUGCAGGGAUGGGUAUGCCAGACAAUGGACCAAAGCUUAUGUCUAUGUAA